CUUGUCACUGUGCGGACGGUUACUCGGUACCGUUAUAUGGAGACACAUCAGCAGUGCGCGGUCUGGGUAGAUACUCGGUGUUGUGGGUGGCCUCGACCUAACGCUUCUUCGUGUAAUUCCCUAACUUCUAACGCGUGCGGUUCCCUGCACGGGAACUAACAGAUAUGAGCACGCAAGACGCACAGGAGUCGUCGCCCUCCUCGCUGUCCACAAGCUCUUUCGAGAUGGUGGAGCCGGCUGAGGUGUACGACCCGGUGAUCCCUCACUGGUUUUACCACAAGUUGCAAGACGGCAAGGAAAGCUGGCUGCCGUUCAGCAGGGAAGAUUCGCAGGUGCUGGAGGAAGCCUUCUGCUCAGGUCGUAACCCACAAAGUAUCGUGAUCCCAACCUGCGGGGGGCGGUAUGACGUAUAUUUCGGCAGUCGGAAACGCCGGGCGGUGUACUGGGAGGAGGCAGAGUCGGAGGUGCAGCGGUGUACUUGGUUUUACAAAGGAGAGAAAGAUAAUAAAUACGUCCCGUAUGCCGAGGACUUCAGCCAGGUGCUAGAGGAUGCGUACAUGCUGGCUGUAACCCAGAACCAGUGGAAGAGAAAACUAGAAUCACCCUCCAGGGACAUAAUAAUUCUGCAUAACCCAAAGCUCAUGGUUCAUUACCAGCCCACGGGAAUGCCAGAUGUAUGGGGAGCUACCCAAAGUGAGCAGGGCCGACCUCGGACAGUCAAGAGAGGAGUGGAGAACAUCUCUGUUGAAAUACCCAGUGGAGAACCAUCGCAGAUAGAUCACUUGAUGUUCAUGGUCCAUGGCAUUGGUCCAGCAUGUGACCUUCAGUUCCGAAGCAUUGUGCAAUGUGUGAGUGAUUUCCGGCAUGUGGCCUUGAACCUGCUUCACGCUCACUUCAAAAGGGCUGAGGAGCAGGAGCUGAUCGGCCGGGUAGAGUUUCUCCCUGUAAACUGGCACAGUGCCCUCCAUGCUGAUGCUACCGGCGUGGACAACGACAUCCAGAGGAUAACUCUCCCCAGCAUCAGCCGUCUGCGCCAUUUCACCAACGAGACCCUUUUGGACCUGUUCUUCUACAACAGCCCGACAUACUGUCAGACCAUCGUGGACACUGUGUGUGGGGAGAUGAACCGGAUAUACCAGAUUUUCCUGGAGAGGAACCCCACAUUCAAAGGACGUGUGUCUGUGACCGGACACAGCCUCGGAUCACUCAUUCUUUUUGACUUACUCACAAACCAGCCUGAUACCACACAGGGUUGUCAUGUCCAAACCAAGCUGCAGGCACAAGGAGCCGGACCCUUGGAAGAUAGUCAGCCGCUUGCCACCCUUCUACAGGAGCUGGAGCUUACUGAAUUCCAGGCUUUGUUUCAGAAGGAAAAGAUGGAUGUGAACAGCCUGGCUUUGUGUUCAGAACAGGACCUUAAAGACUUGGGGAUCCCACUAGGGCCACGGAAGAAGAUCCUACACUAUCUAAAUCUCAGAAGACAGCAGGACUGCUCUGCACAGGGCACCAACACGGGCUCCGACCACAAGCAACCACCGUUUGCCUCCGGCGGUACCCUCAACGUGGUGAAUUAUGAGUAUUUCGAUGUGGGCAUUGGGCAGGUUUCCAUCACAUAUCCUCAGCUGAACUUCCACCCUGAAAUCUUCUUUGCUUGGGGGUCCCCCAUUGGAAUGUUCCUCACUGUGCGAGGCUUAAAGAGGAUCAAUCCGAAGUACCAGUUCCCAACAUGCAAACGUUUUUUCAAUAUAUACCAUCCAUUUGAUCCCGUUGCUUACCGGAUCGAGCCUAUGGUGAACCGAGAGGAGGAGUUCGAGCCCAUGCUGAUCCCCCACCAUAAGGGGAGGAAGCGGAUGCAUUUGGAACUGAAGGAAGGCCUGACCCGGAUGGGCACGGAUAUCCUGGGCUCGCUGCGUAUAGCCUGGCAGACCUUCACCCGGCCCCCUCUGCCGUCUUUACCACCUCCCACUGCCGAGGCUGCCGUGCUGUCGGGGUCUGACCUCCCCUUGGCCCCUGAUGGCAAAACCACUGAGAAUGAAGCUCCAGCUUGUGUGAAGGAGGACCCCCCACAAAUUGACGUUGGGAUGUUAAACGGGGGACACCGUUUUGAUUAUGUUCUCCAGGAGAAGCCAAUUGAAAGCUUCAAUGAAUAUCUGUUUGCGCUGCAGAGCCACCUCUGUUACUGGGCAUCUGAAGACACUGCACUGCUAUUUCUAAAAGAGAUUUAUCAAACUAUGGAGAUAAGCAUGGAUCAGCCGUUAACAUAAACCUGCAUCCCAGGGUUAUCUGGCAAAGAA